AUGGAGAAACUACCGAUCCACUCUAAGGAGGGAUAUGGUGACCCUCUUGAAUUAGCAAACAACCCUGAUCGUCGUGUGCGUUCUAGCACAACAACCUAUUUGUAUCGGAUUGGUGUCGUCGCGUUGCUCUUCGUCGGCUACCUUGUGCUUCUACGGCCGUCUCACCCAUGUACCGGCAUAGCUCCACAAACGGAGAGCUAUCAAGCUGAGGUUCAACAAGAGUAUGACGACUACUUAAAGCUGGGACAUUCUGCUCCUGAUGCACAUCAAACACUUGAAGAAAAUAAGAUCCCGCUGGAGGCUCACAUCAUGAGCAAAUGCCCGGAUGCUCAGGCCUGCUUGCAAAAACUGGUUCUACCGGCUAUGGAAAAAAUAAGUGACAAAGUGGACUUCAAGCUAUCAUUUAUUGCUAGUGUGUCUAAAGAUUCCGAAGAGAUAGCGUGCAAGCAUGGCCCAGGUGAAUGCAUCGGUGACAUGCUCAUGCUCUGUGCGGCCAACCUACCUUUCCCUCCUACCGCAGACGAAGCAUCUCUUCCAUCUCAGUAUCCCCGGACCCCUAUCAUCCGGUCACUAGGAUUCGCAAAUUGUCUGAUCAAUGACUUUGCCCGGAUCCCAGACCGCGAGUUUGUUCACCAAUGUGCAAUGGAGCAUGGGAUUGACUUUGACGCCUUGAACAAGUGUGCGAGCCAGGAGAAUGAUGAUCCGAACGAUGGCAACGACGGCGGACCACCACUUAGUGGAAUUGCGCUGCUGCGUGAAAGCGCUCUUCAGGGCGAACAACUCGGCGUUAAGAUCAGUUGCACAGUGCGUCUAGAUGAUGCUGUUUGGUGCAUCCGCGAUAAUGAUGAAUGGAAAAACUGUGUCCAUAAUGGAGCAGGUAGCCAGCCCUCAGCCCUGAUCGAUCAAGUCGAAAAGCUGUGGAAGGAGAGAAACUGA